GCCAAUGAUAGCCCUGGGGCGGGGAAUCCCCGCCUCUGGGUAUAAGUGGUCGCGGGCCCCCUGGAUCCACGCGCAAGUCUUGGAGCCGGACCGAGUAGGUGAUUGCUUCUGUUGCUGCCCAGAGCCUGGGCCGUGGGGUGCGCAGGAGCGUGGAACUCUCCGUGCGCUCUGGGUUAGGCAGGAGAACCGGUCGGAUUCAGUUUUCCUUUACCUGACUGAGCUGCAGGUACGGCACGGUGCCUAGGUCUCCUGCCUCGGAGGAGCAACUGGCCGGGUCCUGGGGGGGCGCCCGCGCUGAUCAUCCGCCCGCUGCCCCCACAGGCAGCCAGACUCUGCCAUGGCUGACCACCUGAUGCUCGCCGAGGGCUACCGCCUAGUGCAGAGGCCGCCGCCGGCCGCUACCAACCACGGCCCUCACGGGAUUCGGACUCUGCAACCGUACGCGGGCCCGGGUAUGGACAGCGGGCUGCGGCCGCGGGGAGCUUCGUUGGGACCGCCCCCGCCCCCACCCGGGGCCGUGUCCUACGGGCACCGCGUGCGCGAGCUGCCCGAGCUCUUCUUGGGCCAGAGCGAGUUCGACUGCUUCUCGGACUUGGGGUCGGCGCCUCCCGCCGGCUCGGUGAGCUGCUGAGCGCGCCGCGGAGGAGAAGCGGGCCUGACCUCCUGCCGGACUCCGCACCCGGCGACCCGGCCCCGGACACACCCUCUGUGAGGGUGGAGGCGGCGGGUUUGUGCGCACUGCGCCGCCAGGGGCUGGGACUCCUGGCCUGCCUUCAUCGGGGUGACAGUUGGCUUCACUUCUCCGACCUGAACCCCAAAGUGAAGGAGACUGGACCAGCUUUUGGACUCCACGUUCUUGGAUUUUGUGUCUUGUCUCUUUUCUCGGCCCCUCCCCCCCAAUCUGAGCCAUGGCAGGCCUCUGCCUGAUUUCCCCUCUUCUUGGGCAGCCCACUAUGGGAACUGGGUCCCCCAGCCACCAUUCCUUGAGCCCUUGAGCCGCACCCCCGCCGCCUGAGCCCCCACCCUCGCAGGGCCUCUGGCCUGCGGGAGGGGAAGAUUGUACAGCUCUAUACCCUGCAGAGUGGAGCAAUGCCCCAUCUGGCCUCCAAAACCAAAAUAAAAUUGGGUCACUUUAUAG